AUGUCUUCAGCUGGUCUGCAAGACUCCAGCCUGGAAUGGCAGACCUCGUCUGGCUCUCUCCCAUCUGGUGCCAUUUCAAUUUACAAUGGAAAUGCCGCUCGCUACGACUAUGUCUGCCAAUACAGGUGCUCAUCUGGCUUCUACAACCCCAACAUGGGUCAUUACUGCCACUACCCCUUGUCAGGGAAAGAGCAUCUUGCCAGCUCAUUUGAGUUCCUGGUAAACAAAGACAACUUUGAUGUUUUAGAAUGGAAGGAUGGCUCCUGGGGUUCAGUGUCUCAAAAUGCAGUCUACACAUGCUCCCCCAGAGACACAUAUGUUGGGAGGAACAAGUAUGGUCUUGGGAAGGUGCAUGUUAAACACAAGGCCUUCUUCCUUCCCUGGAAAGGUGAUGAGUAUUGGUACAAGAGCUACCAGGUCCUGACCCUCAACAAAGAAAUAAACAGCGAGCACAUGUCCAAUGUCAAUUACAACACUAAUGUUACAGUCUUCCAGCACCCUCCAGAGACCAUGACCAAGUCCAUCAUAGCCAACAAUGAGUGCAGCCCAGUUGUGAAAAGAGUUGAGCUCUCAAAAACCUACAUGGAGGAGAAAAGGUGGGACACCAGCACUGCUAUCACGAGUGGGGUCAGUAGUAGCAUCACCGCCCAAAUCCCAUUCAUCGGCUCUGCAGAUAUUGCGCUCAGUGUUGAAACAACAAAGCAAUUCUCCAGUGGAACCACUGUGGUGGAGUCGAAAACCUACUCGGUCUCUGUGGAGCAAACUGUCCCACCAAACCACUCCUGCAGUGUCAGUAUGGUGGGAUAUAAGUAUGAGGCAAACAUCUCCUACACAGCUCGCCUCAGCCGCACCUACAGAAAUGGGCAGACGACACGGGCGUCCAUCACUGGGACCUACAAGGGCGUCAACGUUGGAGAAGUCCACUCUGUUGUUAAUCGCUGUGAACCUGUACCGAAUUCCAAGCCUUGUCCCUGA